AAACGUGACGGUCGGGAUUCGUGUCUUUUCGCGAAAAGAAUAGUGAAUUGAAUAGGAAAAAAAAUACAAAAAGCUGCAAAUUUGUUUAUUUUUCCGGUAAAUCUUGCGUGACGUUGCUUUCCAGCUUGAAGGCCGCUGUGCUCCUAGCGAAAUUUGUGAACAUAGCGGAAAAUUGAUUUGUCGCGACCCCUCCCCCACUUUUGGAAGGUGGUUGUUUUUUCGAUUUUAAACGCGCGUGAUUUGAAAAGUACAGGAAGAAAACGUGCAAGAGUGUGAUAACAAUCACUGUUUUGUUUACAAGUUGCUUAUCAGCAGAUUGGAUUUCGAAAGUGCUGCAGUUUUAGCAGAUUUUGUCGUCGGAAAAAGAAGGUGCCCUAUUACGUGGUCGUGGUUCUGAACAAGGCAAAAAAUGUGAACGAGAUCCGUUCGGGCGACGAGAGCAACAAAGCAGGAAUCGCGUUUUUUUUGCUUCUCCCAUACAGCCGCACACGCUACCAACACCACCAGUCUACCGUCCCCGUCGAACGGCCUGCCACGGCAAGUUCUUCUGUAGCGCACACAAGGGAUCGAACCGCACCAGAGCAAGCGUGUCGGGUGGGAGCGGAGCAGGCCUUGGCUUCCGUCAUCAUCAUCAUCAUCAUCAUCUGCGGCGGUAGUCAACGGGUGUCAGUGGCAGGCAGAAUACGGUUGCUUCGUUACGACCAGCGCUUGCCGUGAGUUUUACGUACCUACUACAACAGUGGCCUGCUGCGCAGCGAGAGCGCUGUGCCCUCCGGUUUCGAGCUUGUUUUCUGCGUCGCGCCGUGGCUGCCACGGUUGGCCAAUAUCGCCUAUACGGACAGCGGUUCAUUUGUGAUUUCGUCGACGACGAGGGUGAUUCGGAUUUCGGGUGGCGAGCGAUAGUGUUUUUCGUGUGUGAAUAAUAAUGUCUCAUUCGGCAGUGGAAGAUGGGUCGGAUCAGGAGAUGAGUUUACCCGGUCAAUCUGAUGUACGCCUACAAAAUGGACCAAUGCCAUCGUUCAACCAGAGCAACGAGGUGGCCAUGCUGAGGGAGGAAAAUUGUCGUUUGCUAACCACGUUGAUCGAGUAUAAAAAGGUACUGGAAAACACCAAGCUUAGAUACGGGACGGUAAAGAAAGACUACUAUGCGGCAAAGAAAAGGUUGAAACGGCUGUCGGAUAAGCUGCAGGUGGUAACCGGAAGUAGCGUACCGGAAGGGACCGGUAGUGAAAGCGGCGAAAGUACACCGGCUCAGCCGGUGACCGGGGAUGACGAUGUGCGGAAGAAGUGGAAGGAACCAAAUGUUAAGGCAGCAGUCAAGCUAAAGGCCGCCAUCGGGGUGCACGGGUACCAGUCGCUGAUCAAGGAUGGAGAGUUGCAGCUGCCCAGUUUGCGAACGAUUUCACGCUACGUGGAUACACUGAAGAAGGCCGGUUUGAGACCGAACUACGAUUUUAAUGUGCGCGAUUCGGAUACGGUGGGGAAACUGUUUGUCGAGGAGGAUGAUAGCGGCGAUGUCGACCAUAAUAGAAACCAGCAAGAUAGGCAGCAGUUGCAGCAGCAUCAGCAACAGCAGCAGCAGCAGCUGAUGCUGCAGCAACAAUCGAGGGAGGCUUCGGAUGGAGAGGAUGCGGUGAAUUUUACCGGCACAUCCGAUAUCAGCUUCUACCCUGGAAAGAUAGAACCAGUGGACGCCGACGGCGAUGACGAUGAUCGCUCGGAGCGGCAUCACAAUGGUGACAUCCCGAACGGAGACAUCCAACAAACGGCGAUGGUGCAAAUUCAUCAUCCCCAUCAUCAUCAUCAGCAGCAGCAGCAGCAACAACACCAUCAAACACUUACCAGUGGUCACAUCGAAUUCCUUAAAUCGAUGACCGGAUUCCGGAAGAAGUGGACACCGUUCGAGCUGCGAACAUGUAUGGACAUUCGGCGAAUAAUCGGCAGUAAGGAGUACGAUUCGCUGCGGAAAAAAGAUGGAAUGCCACUGCCCAGCGCGAAGACGCUACGGAAGUACAAACACGCCGUCCAUUUGGAGGGGGUGGAUGGGGUGGAUGUGAUGGGUCGGAAAAGAACUCAUCGGGAGAUGAUGGAUGGUGUAGUCACGGGGGUAAAUGGGGUUCCCAUGAACGGGGUCGGUCCGUACGGGAAUGAUUUCGAAGAUAUGAUGAACGCUGAUGAUCCCGACGGUUUCUUCGACAUCAAUGGAUUAACCGAGGAACAGAUCGAUUUUCUACAGUCGCUAUCCACCAACACGAAAGGCUUCUCUGACUUUGAACUUCAGAAAACGUUAGAACUAAAGAAUGAGCUUGGCGGAAAGAACUACGAAAUCCUGCGAAAGCAGGAAUGUCUACACAUUCCGACUCUUGUGGUGCUAAAACGGUACGAGCAGGAGAACGGACUGGAAGAUCUCUCGGCGAUGGUUGUUGCGGAAGACCUCGACGAUGAAGACGAUCAAGAGGCAGAACAAGAACCGGAAAUAGAUGCAGAGACGGAGUACGAUAACGGGCAGCGCCUGGCAGACAGUUACACCGUUGAAAUGAACGGAAUCGGUGAGGAUUCCCAUAUGGGUAUCUUCGAGCAUCACUCCAUCUUCGAUAAAGACGACUCUCCGUCGUUCGAUAUGAGCAAGCUGACCCAGCAGCACAUUGAAUUCCUGAGUACACUGCCCGAGAACCCGAAACGGUGGACGACACAAAUGAUCAACUCGGCACUGGACAUUAAGAACGUUAUCGGCACCCGGGACUACGAGCAGCUGCGAAGGCAGGGUAUUCCACUGCCGGCAGCGCGAACCCUACGGCGGCACAAAGAUGUCAAGAGUCGGGUUGUGGAGGGGGAAGUCGCGUGCUAGAGUUUUCAACUUAGAGGUACCUGUAUUAUAUUGGUUAGAUGUGCGAAGCUAGUUUAUUCUUUUUUACUAUUAAUGAUAAUAAUAUAUAUGGAAGGAGUAUCAAAUGACGCCAAAAAAAAAAUCGAAACAAUAUCGUGAAGCGGAGGAUUUGUUUUAUAGAGAAAAAAACGUUUGAAUAGCAUAAAAUAUGUAACUUUUAUUCGUUCGCGAUAGGGUUUUGCAUUAGCUGUAUAAAUUUAUAUCGAUAGUUUUCUCUGAGGUGUACUACAUAAAUAUAAAGACAAGGAAAUAAAUGCGAAAAAUGUUUGAAACUAUACUA